AUGUCCAUGCAAAUGUUAAUAACUCCAAAAAACAAGUACAAUCCUAAUCUUCUCAAACAAAUAAAGAGGAUAAACAACUUGCGAGGAACGCCAGAAAACAGCUACAAAUUUGAUGCAUCAAAAUACAAAGAGCUCGAGUUGUUUGUAUAUCAACAACGUCCCUUUGUUUAUAAACCAGCACAUGGAAUCAGAUACUUUUGGAAAGAGUCUUUACCCACUUUGAGAUAUCACAAUCCCGACGUUCAAUUUACUGUUACCAAUGUAACUGUUGAAAACGAAGAAGAUUUGCCUAAACUACCAUUGAAACUACAUAUUCACGGUCAAACCGAUGCAGAUAGCUCGACUAUUGAUUGUGCUAGUAAGCCUCCACAUCAAAUAUUUACAGAACUAAUCAAGCUCACAAAUGCGAGACAAUUAACAGAGGAAGAGAUCCCAAAGCUUCCACUUAGACCAGCUAAAAAGUAA